AAUCCCCAGAUAACAUUCUGCCCAGUACAGCAGGGGUCAAUUUGGUCCACUUCGGCCAGUGACAAGAAGGAAAAAAACAAGUGGGCUGUAACUUAGAGAUCUUAAGACUCACAAGUGAGGGCUUGGUCUGAAGGUGGGAGGAGGGAGUGAUGAGUCAAGAGGAGACAGAGACUCAGGAGGGUGCAAGGAAGUGUCUUGGCUGGGCUGGAGGCAAGGGAGGGUGGAGGGAAGCCUGCAGAUGGGAGGCAUCCUCAGGGGUCCCACAAUAGAGAGGGAGCUCCUCCUGCUGCAGGGAAGGGCUCUGUCCACUCAAAGGCACCUUCAGCCCUUUCCCAGUCUCUGAGGCUCCAGCUAGAAGCUCAGAGUGCUUGCUGAAUUGGUGACACAGCCCCCGAGCUGGUACCUCCGGGGCCCCCUGCCCGUCUUCUCUCCACUCCCCAGCAUGGAGGAAGGUGGCGAUUUCGACAACUACUACGGGGCAGACAACCAGUCCGAGUGUGAGUACACGGACUGGAAGUCCUCUGGGGCCCUCAUCCCUGCCAUCUACACGCUGGUCUUCCUCCUGGGCACCACAGGCAAUGGCCUGGUCCUCUGGACUGUGUUUCGGAGCAGCCGGGAGAAGAGGCGCUCGGCUGACAUCUUCAUUGCCAGCCUGGCAGUGGCUGACCUGACCUUUGUGGUGACUCUGCCACUGUGGGCCACCUACACCUACCGGGACUACGACUGGCCCUUUGGCACCUUCGCCUGCAAGCUCAGCAGCUACCUCAUUUUUGUCAACAUGUAUGCCAGUGUCUUCUGCCUCACCGGCCUCAGCUUCGACCGUUACCUGGCCAUCGUGAGGCCCGUGGCCAACGCACGGCUGAGGCUGCGGGUCAGCGGGGCCGUGGCCACGGCUGUCCUGUGGGUGCUGGCCGCCCUCCUGGCCAUGCCGGCCAUGAUCUUCCGCUCCACCGACAACCUCGAGAACAACACCAAGGUGCAGUGCUACAUGGACUACUCCUUGGUGGCGACCUCGAGCUCAGAGUGGGCCUGGGACGUGGGCCUGGGAGUCUCGUCCACCGCCGUGGGCUUUGUGGUGCCCUUCAUCAUCAUGCUGACCUGCUAUUUCUUCAUCGCCCAGACCAUCGCCAGCCACUUCCGCAAGGAGCGCAUCGAGGGCCUGCGGAAGAGGCGCCGGCUGCUCAGCAUCAUCGUGGUGCUGGUGGUCACCUUCGCCCUGUGCUGGAUGCCCUACCACCUGGUGAAGACGCUCUACAUGCUGGGCAGCCUGCUGCACUGGCCCUGCGAUUUCGACCUCUUCCUCAUGAAUGUCUUCCCCUACUGCACCUGCAUCAGCUACGUCAACAGCUGCCUCAACCCCUUCCUCUACGCCUUCUUCGAUCCCCGUUUCCGCCAGACCUGUACCUCCAUGCUCUGCUGGGGCCACAGCAGGUGUGGGGGCGCCUCCCACAGCAGCAGUGGGGAGAAGUCGGCCAGCUACUCCUCGGGGCACAGCCAGGGGCCCAGCCCCAACCUGGGGAAGGGUGGGAAGCAGACUCACGAGAAGUCCAUCCCCUACAGCCAGGAGACUCUUGUGGUUGACUAGGGCUGGGAUCCCGGAGCAGCCCGAGCCCUCUGCCUUGCCCCAGCCUUUGCCCUUGCUCUCUGAAAAUCAGACUCGCUUACUCUGCCCAGGACGGUCCUCAAAGCAUCCAGUCAGGGCAGGAGGAAGCUUCUAGAAGAGAAGAACGUGCCCUUCUGGGGCCCUGCUGGGUGACCUACAGAGACUUCCUGCCUGGAAUUCAGUGGGUGCUGGGGAGAGAAGAUAGAGAACGCUGCCUGCUGUGAUGCUCCCUCAUCUCCCCACCUCCUGCCCCUUCUUCAGCAUGUGUGUGAGGUUUUCUGACCCUGUUAGUCAUUGUGGUUCAUCAAAUAAAUCUGUUUUGUGAAACUAUUGUGCCCAAA